AUUUAUCUUCACUGCUGCAAGGGUUUUUGAAGUGAUAGCCUGCCACCUAUGUUUACCUAACAUCUGGCAUAGCCUGAUCAGUCUUUUCGCUGCUGCAGCUAAAGGAUUUCCCCAACAGAACCAGCAGCUAAAUGAGAUCAUGAUUUUAGAAGGAACUAGCAGAAUGAGUCUUAAUUCCGUCACAAGUCUUCUCCAUGAGCAGCCGUCCUGGACAGAUGGAUAUCCCACAUGUCAUGCAUCAGGCAGUUUCUUUGGAACUCAGUGGCAUGAAAUACAUCCUCGGUAUUGGACAAAGUAUCAGGUGUGGGAAUGGCUUCAGCACCUCUUGGACACCAACCAGCUCGAUGCCACCUGUAUUCCUUUCCAGGAGUUUGAUAUCAGUGGAGAACAUCUGUGCAACAUGAGCUUGCAAGAUUUCACCCGGGCAGCUGGCACAGCUGGACAGCUUCUUUACAGCAGCCUUCAUCACCUGAAGUGGAAUGGUCAGUGUGGAAGUGAAAUGUACCCAUCACACAAUGUCAUUGUUAAGACAGAACAAACAGAUCCAUCUUUAAUGGCAUCAUGGAAAGAAGAUAACUAUUUCUAUGAGGGUGGAUAUGGUGGCACAGUAGAAUUAGUGGACAGCAAAGCGUAUUGUCGAGCACAGAUUUCAAUCAACACUAGCAGUCACCAGCCUAUUGAUGAUGCUUCAGGUGUGAAAAAAAUACAAGACCACCUUCCAAAACCUCACAACAAGAAACACACUCCUCGUGGGACUCACUUGUGGGAGUUUAUCCGAGACAUUCUCCUUCAUCCAGAGAAGAAUCCAGGCUUGAUAAAAUGGGAGGACCGCUCUGAAGGCAUCUUCAGAUUCUUAAAAUCGGAGGCAGUAGCUCAGCUAUGGGGAAAGAAGAAGAACAACAGCAGCAUGACCUAUGAGAAACUCAGCCGCGCGAUGAGAUACUAUUACAAAAGAGAAAUUCUUGAACGUGUAGAUGGUCGGAGACUGGUAUAUAAAUUUGGAAAGAAUGCCCGUGGCUGGAGAGAACAUGAGAACUAAAACUGUACAAAUCUUCACUAACAGGAACUCCUAGUGGAUGUAAAUAUUUCAAAGACUAUUUUCUUCUAUUUAUGUUCAAAAAUUGGGGGAGGGCAGGUGGAAAUCUACUUUUAAUGGGAAGAAGGAACACUAUUGUUUAUUGAUGUUAAAAUUAUUUUAUUUGAAGUAUGUCCUUCUAUGGGGAAAAAUGUACACAGUUUUCUGUGAACUAUGAUGUAAUAAUGCUGUAUGGUUGUGUUUGGGGAUGUGUUUUCCUUUCUUGUGAAGACUUGUAGAAAUGUAUUCCAAGAGAAAUGUGAUUUAUAAUAAUGCUGUGAGAGAUGUAACGAGAGGAAAUCACAGGGCAUUACUUUUUACUACAGAGCCUGAAAAUAAGGCCUGUUGCUUUCUGCAUAUGAGAGAAAUGAGGAUAUGUCUGUAUCAGCCUUCCCCUACCUGGAGCAUUUCAGGUCUUUUGGACUACAAUUGCUCUUAGUCCUAACCAGUGUGGCAAAUGGUCAACAAUGAUGGGAGUUGUAGUCCAUAACAUCUGGAGGGCACCAGGUCAGGGAAGUUUGAUCUAUAUCCUUUAUGUCAGUGUAAAGGCUGUAUGAGGAGGCGAGUCACAAACCAUGUGUCUGUUUUAGAGGCAGCUGAAUAAAUCUGUGGGAUAUGAUGAUUAUGGGAUAUGAUUUAUUUUGUGCUUCCUGUAGACAAUAUUCCCUUGUGUUACUCUUGGUUUCCUUUUCUGACCUCCAAUUUAGAGAUUGAUUCAACAGCUCUUGGAUGGAUGGCUGUUAGUUCAAAUAACUGUCCUGGAACAUGAAGAUCCAUUAUCCCAGUGAAAAGAUUUUAUUUUGUAGGGUUUUUUAUAAAAAUUAGCUGACCUCAGUGAAAGGUGCAUAUUUUAGUGGAGUUAGGCUAUGUUAUAUCUCAGUGUGACAGCCUUCCCCAAUCUGGUGCCUUCCAGAAGUUACUGUGCUAAAACUCCCAUCAUCCCUGAUAAUUAGCCAUGCUAGCUGGGGAUGUUUGGAGAUGGAGAACAGGAAUAUCUGGAAGGCACAAGCUUUGAGAAGAGUACACUACUAUCAUCUGGCCCACACCAUGAUAUUCCAAACAAUGGUCUGCUGUCAACUUGAAAUGUGUUGGGGUAUCUAGUAGAAUCACUGUACCAAAAUCUCUUUCACAGUCAACUUUGUGGUGAAGUCAGCUGUGUAAUCAUCAUACAGAGAGGGGCUGAACUUGAUGGCAGAGCACAUACUUUGCAUGCAAACAGUCCCAGUUUCAAUUCCUGGCAUCUGCCUGAAACCUUGGAGAGCCGGUGCCACUCAGCGUAGACCAGCCUUUCCCAACCAGUGUGCCUCCAGAUGUUGUUGGACCACAACUCCCAUCAGCCUCAGCCAGCAUUGCCAAUGGUCAGGAAAGAUGGGAAUUGUGGUCCAACAACACCUGAAGGCACACUGGUUGGGAAAGGCUGGUGUAGACAAUAUUGAGCUGAAUGGACCAAUGAUCUGACUUAGUUCCAUUGUUUCUAGCGAGCCUGGGUUUGGAUUAGGGUUCCCAGGUCUCCAGUUUUUGCCCAUAGACUCUAGUUUCUGGGUAUCUUCUCUGGGUGAGUAACCCUAAUCUCUUGACUCUUACCUUUUAUUGUUUUUUUUAAAAAAGUUUCUAGGUGGUCUGGUUCAAGAGGCAUACACCAAAAUGUCAGCCCCACACACAAUUUCUGUUAGAAGCUGGCUGCUCUAAUCCCUACCCUUUCAGGUUUUUUAGCCAAUAAGUGAAGUCAGGGUUGUGAUUGACAACAGAUUUGCUGAUCUUCAGGCAAUAGAUAGAACCCAUUGCAAAUCCCUGAAAACAGUUUCCUUUUCCUGUUUGUAUGCACAUCAGAAGUUGAGUGAGUAUAUAACUUGCAGCAGCAGCAGCAGCAAUAUUUCCUUUCUACAAUAAUAUACCAAGAAAUUUAGAACUGAAGAUCACAGGAAGAUCUUGGCAGGCAUACACAGUAAACAAUUUCAGUUAUUAUGAUUAUAACAAAAGUGUACAUGCAGGUUUUUUUAAUUACUUGCAAAAAUAGCAUAUUAUAUAUUUUAUCUUUCAAAUACUUUUUGAACAGAAAUUUGAAAGAGUGUGCAUGCUGCAGCUCGUGAUGCCAUUACAAUAUGUUAUACCUUUCUAUUUAUAAGGAGUCAAACAAGUUUAAAUUUUACUGGGCUGUUGAAGAGGGCAAUUUAUUUGUCUAAGUCAUAGCCUGCUUUGAAAACCUUCCCAAUAUGAAGCUUUAAUUCUACACCCACUUUUCUGGGAGUAAAGCUGCAAUGCUAAUCCCACAUAUUUGGGAGUAAACCCCAUUGAAUUCAGUAGGACUUACUUUUGAAUAGAUGUGUUAGGAUUGUGCUGUAAAUCAAUGGGGCUUUUGAGUGAACAUAGCAAAAGAUUGUAAAUCUUUCUCUCCUCCUCCAAUCCUUUUUUUAAGCAACUAGGCAGGGCUUAGAAUUAUGAUUAGAAUUUAUUACCCACCCUUCACUGAAAGGUCAAUGCUUUUAUUUGGUAGGAAACUAAUACUGAUUAAAAAAAAAGUUCUGCAAUGACCAACUGGUUUUGACAAUAAACUAUUAUAUAGGGUGUAUGUAUUUUUACAUCUCCAGUAUGCACAUAGAAUCCUUUCAACAACCCUGUGAGGUAGGGUAGGAAACCAAGGCAGCUCACAAAAAGAAAUAAAUCAAUUUAAAUCUAAUAACCAUAAAACAAAUAUAAAACAGUUGCAAAACAGCUUAAAGUGGCAUGAUUCUGAAUUUUGGGUUGGGUGAGUGAAAUUCCUUAUCAUUUGAGGUUGCAGUCCUGUGCACACUUCCCUGUUUGAGUAAGCCCCAUUGAAUACAUUGGGACUUGCUUCUGAGUAAACAUGCAUAGGUUUGCACUAUAAAUAUCUUUACAGGUUGUGUAAAUAAUAAACAUCUUUGACAUGCAUGCUUAUAUAAAUAUUUCUUCAUACUGUGUCUUGAUAGGUAUUCAAUUUCACACUAUGGCUGUACAUUAUUAUUUCUUCUACAUUUUAAGUGUGCCCUUCUUCCUUGGGGUGGUCGUGGGCUCCCUCUAUUGUUUUCACCCUGAGGGGCAGAUUAGGAUUUAUUAUGGCAUAAGCUUUUGUGGCUCCCCCUUUGGUCUUUGCAGAAAAACACACAUAAGCAUGUCUGGAAGACAACAGAUUUUCCUGCACAGAUCCUGCCAAAGCUGUCACCAUCAGUUAUAGUUGUGACAUUUUUUACUUUACAUAAGGUGGGUGGAGGCAGAUUCAUCUUAUUUACAGAUGAAAUCAUAAGACUCCAGCCAUCAAAGCAAGCCUUUUCUUUUUGUCUUUUUCUUGACUUAACAUUUGUUCUAUCUCUGAAUCGGUUUCUACUCCACCCCUAUCUCCCUUGGUUUACUCCCUGUUUCCCUUUUUAACUGCAUGUGCCCUGGUGUCUAACUGUCUAACCCUGCAUAAAUAGUAGGCAAUGGGCUGGAUUUAUCACUGUCUUGUGCCUCGGGUAUUAAGCCCCAAAGACACUGUAAUUAGUAAAUAUAUAACGUGCCAUAUAAUGAUUAUACACAUUAAUAGCCAAUAUAUAGUUCUAAAGAAUAAAACAAAUGGACAAUAUUUUAUUUUCAAUGUACCAGCACUUGGAAAUAAAAGAAUGGAGCUUCACAAUGGCCCAUUUCUCAUAUAAUACUAAGCAUUGUCAUCUUGUGGCCAUACUUCCUGGAGCAUAGUUGAGUAACAACUAUGAGAAUAGCUUCUUUUUAUUUCAGUUUCUUUUUGAGUUCAGAACACCUGUCAUUGGAUUAUUUAUCCAUCCUAUGAUACUAACCCAAGAUACAUUCAGAUAUUUCCCACUAUUGUUAAGGACUUCAUUUGAUUUCAGGGCCGGCACCAGGCAUGAGUGGGCCCUUGGCCACCAGACUUCAGGAGGCCCUUGGCACAGUGUCAUGUUGUCCCCCCACCCCAAUGCAACUGUUGCGGGUUUAAAUAGGAUUGGUCACCCUGCCUCUUGUGUUGGCACAUCAGCAUGCUAACACACUGUGUGUGUCUGCCUGCUAUCACCCAAGAUGGCAGCAGGGACAUCAACCCCUUGCCCCAGGCCCAAAUCAACCCUGUGACUUGAUGGUGAUGUGGAUCACAGAGUGGGAGCUCCAUCUUCCCAGCCUCAACCUGUAGAUUUAGGAGAGGCUCUUCUGAGCCACAAGGGCCUUCAACCUGUGCCUGACCUGGCUGCCUGCUGGCACCAAGCCUGGCUCUAUAGCUUUGGAAACAGAGGAAGGUAAGAUUUACUUUGCAAUAAACAGACAGUAGAUGUAUUAAAUGCCUUAGAUCUUGCCAAGCACAUACAGUCCCAGCCCAAAGUGAACAUUUUAGCAAUGCUAACAAAUAGGAUAUAAUGAAGACUUGAACGUUUAUAUCAUAAAGACUGUUUAAACGCAAAGGACUUUCUGAGAUUGCUGUUAUGAAAUGUUUGCAAUGAAUGAUGUGGUCAUUUUUUUAAAAAAAAACCCACAACAAUAACAGAAGAUAUAUAUUUUACUCUGGUAAUAUUUGUAUAGAUUUUUAUUUUAGCCUAAUUUUUCACAUGUAUAAAACUCUACAUAGGAAAAAGACAUUACUGUAUUUAUGUAGUUGCAAACAAAUCACAUGGUCAAAGAAUUUGUUGAUAUGCUGGCUGUGCAAUUUUGCUUAGCACGUAUUUUGUGUGUAUAGUCCAGUCCAAUCCAAUACACAUUUAUUCAUAAAUAAGGCCCACUGUCUUCAGUGUGUCUACUAAGUAAGUAUGCAUAGGAUUGCAGCCACACUGAUCUUUUUAUAGACACAUCUUGAGAGCUGUCCAUUGACAAGUAAAAUGUAGAAACAUUUAUAUGCUUAACAUUCCAGCUUUCAUGUUGCUAGAUAAUGGAUAAUCUCAGUUCGUUGCUCCAUUUUCACUGUCGAAAUGUUUUCUGACAGCACAAUAUGUUAUUGGGUGUUUUUGCUACAAAUGUCAAAGACUGUCACAAAAGUGCCAUAAAAUUCUAAACA